AUGCAUGCGGUCGACGAGACUCCGGCCAUUGAGCCAAUUGCCAUUGUCGGAACGGCAUGCCGACUUCCUGGUGGCAUUGAUUCCUCCAAGUCGAUGUGGGAGUUGCUCCGAGCAAAGGGAACGGUGCGCACCGCCAAAGUGCCAGCCAACCGUUUCAACAUCGAUUCUUAUUUGCAUGAGAACUUAGACCGUCCCGGCAGCUUCAAUGUACCGGGAGGAUACUUCCUAGAUGGCAACUUGGAGGACUUUGAUCCCAGUUUCUUCAACAUCUCCCCCGUCGAGGCUAUGUGGCUCGACCCGCAGCAGCGGAAGAUGCUCGAGGUAACUUACGAGUGCUUUGAGUCUGCAGGCAUUGCCCUCGAAUCCGUGGCAGGGACAAACACCGGCGUCUUCGUGGGCAGCUUUACCGCGGACUACCAGCAAAUGUCAUUCAAGGAGGCCGACUUCCGGCAUAGCUACGCUGCCACAGGAGUCGACCCCGGCAUCAUCAGCACUCGCCUUGGUAACGUGUUUGACUUACGUGGCCCUAAUUCGACUAUCAAUACGGCCUGCUCUUCUUCCAUCUACGCCGUUCAUCAGGCUUGCAACGCCCUACGUGCCCGUGACUGCGACGCCGCCGUUGCCGGAGGAGUUAACCUCAUUCUGACAGUUGACCAGCACAUUAACACAGCCAAGCUCGGCGUCCUUUCCCCAACAUCUACCUGUCACACUUUUGAUAUCUCGGCAGACGGUUACGGCAGGGGUGAAGGCGCCGGAGCGCUUUACCUCCGACGUCUGUCCGAUGCGCUCCGUGAUGGCGAUCCUGUGCGCGCCAUCAUCCGAGGAUCCGCUGUCAACUCCAACGGCAAGGUACCUGGAUAUGGCAUCACAUACCCCAGCAUCAGGGGCCAGGAGCUUGUGGUUCGCGCCGCCUACGCCCAAGCGCGUCUUGACCCGCUUCAGACGGCCUACGUCGAGUGCCACGGCACCGGUACGCCUGUGGGCGAUCCGAUCGAAACGCAGGCCAUUGCCACGGCCAUGAACGACACUCGUCCUGCGGACAAACCGCUGAUUGUUGGAGCUGUCAAGCCCAGUAUCGGACACAGCGAGGCGGCAAGCGGCAUUUUCGCCGUCAUCAAGGCGGCCAUGAUGACCGAGUCAGGCAUCAUCCCGGGCAUUUACGGUCUGGAAACCGUAAACCCAGCCAUUCGUGAGAAGGACUGGAACAUUGUGAUCUCCAAGGACACUGUGCCAUGGCCCGAGAACGGCUCGCAGAUCCGCCGCGCUGGCGUUUCGUCGUUUGGAUAUGGCGGAACCAAUGGACAUGUCAUUGUCGAGGAGCCCCGAGGGGCGAAUCCUUUCUCUCUUGGCCGCCGCAAGCAAGAGGCCAGUUACGGCUUUUCAGGUAAUGCCACCAAGAGACCUUACCUGGUGGGCUUCUCUGCUCAUGAUCGCCGCACGCUCGAGCGCAACAUCGAGGCGCACGCGCGCGUCGCUUCGGAUUACCAUUUGCCAGAUCUCGCGUACACUCUCAUGGCUCGCAGAUCUCGAUUCCCUGUACGGGGCUUCACCGUCGCGACAGAAGGCAGCGUUGAAGAAGCGCUGCAGACCUCGGCCAUGACCAUCGGGACUGCGCCGGCGACGCCUCCGCAGCUUGGUUUUGUCUUCACUGGGCAAGGCGCGCAAUGGCCCGCCCUCGGUGCUGCCGCAAUGGAUGCUUUCCCGUCAUUCCUUGCGACCAUCCGAGCGCUUGACAAGGUCCUGCAAAGUCUCGAAUUUGCUUCUCCCAGUUGGAGCCUGGAGGACGCCCUCAGACAGCCCGCAGGGGAGACCAACAGGAUCAACGACGCUGAAAUCUCUCAGCCCGUCUGCACGGCCAUACAAAUUGCCGUUGUUGACCUCUUCCACGAGUGGGACAUUACGCCAAAGGUCACCGUAGGCCACUCGUCUGGUGAGAUUGCCGCCGCUUACGCUGCCGGCGUCAUCUCAGCCCCCGAGGCCAUGCUGGCUGCUUAUCUGCGCGGAUACGCGGUCUCGAAACACGCUUCUGUUGGCGCCAUGUUAGCCGUAGGACUCGGCUCAGAGGAUGCGCAGCUUUGGAUCCCAGAGGACGGCUCUAUCACGGUCGCCUGCCAAAACUCACCCUCAAGCACGACGCUCAGCGGAUCAUGCGAGGCCAUCUCCGCACUCGCCAAGGAGCUUCAGGAGAAGCAGAUAUUCGCACGAGAGCUGCCCACCGGCCGAGCCUACCACUCGCAGCACAUGCUUCCCGUUGGCCAAGCAUACGACGAAAUGCUGAUUCGAGCAACAUCCGCUCUGAGCGACGACGUGAAAUUCUCGUGGCGUCGUCCACGUGCAACUUGGAUAUCCUCCGUGACCGGCGCCGAAUUCACUGACGAUCAGAUUGAGCCUACAUACUGGAGCCGCAAUCUUGUCAGCCGAGUUCGCUUCGACGAGGCCAUUGCUGCUUUGGGGCAACAUACAGCUCUGACCAAUGUGAAGGCCAUGGUAGAAAUUGGACCCCAUCCCGCCCUCUCAUCUCCAUUCAAGCAGAUCUGCCAGGCAAACGAUCUCAAAGGCUUCACCUACACGGCCUCGCUGGUGCGUAACAAGGACAGCGCCGAACAGCUCCUCCGAACAGCAGGCGCCCUCUUUGUGCAAAACUACCCCAUCGACGUGCACGCGGUCAACGAGACAGGCGAAGUCAAGCAGUUCCCCAGGCUGCUGGUUGACCUGCCGCCUUACCAAUGGAACUACGAGAAGACGUACUGGGCCGAGCCACGACUGAGCGAUGAGCAGCGCCAUCCCACGCAUGGACGCCACGACCUCCUGGGGAGCAAGAUGUUCGGCCUGUCGAGCAAGUCCAUGGCAUGGAAGAACUUUAUCAGACACAGAGACAUUCCUUGGCUCAAGGACCAUAAAUUGGGCAACGAAGAUAUCUUCCCUGCCGCAGCCCACCUGUCGAUGGCUGCGGAGGCUCUGUGGCAGGUCUGCGAUGUCCGAGGCGAGCAUAUUGAGAGUGUGACAUUCCGAGACGUUGUUCUUACCGUUGCGCUCGCCAUUCCUGACAACGAAGACGGGAUCGAGACGCAGCUACGCUUUGACGAAGUCGAUGACGCCUGGUUCAAGUUUUCGGUACAGUCAUGGUCGGAAGGCCAGUGGAACGUUCAUUGCGAAGGCCUGAUUGCCGCCAACCACCGCUCGCAACCCGUAUCAGGCGAGCGAGACCAUCCCGUUGACACUGUCAACCUCAAGCAGCGCAUUGCUGCCAAACACUGGUACGACGGGUUCAAGCGAGUUGGCUUCGAAUACGGGCCCACCUUCCAGACGAUGAGCAACAUUCGCACCAACCAGAAUAUGCAGCAGGCCGCAAGUGAUGUGAACGUGCUCACCAAGAGCACCGCCGCCAUGGUGGGCGAAUCCCGGUACUUGUUGCACCCGUCGACCAUUGAUGGCUGUCUGCAUCUCGUCAUCGUAUCCAUCAAUUCUGGCAGGUACGCGGAGAUGCAGCACGGCGUGGUCCCCAUCAAGUUUGAGGAAAUUACCGUAUGGCCUCAGAAGAAUGUCGAGGCCAUCACUGGUCAGGCUGUUGGGUGGUGUGACGAGCAGGACGGUCGUUACUUCGACUGCGGCACCAAACUGGUCGGACCAGACGGACAAACGAUUCUGGAUGGCCGCAACCUGCGAUGUGUCUCGUAUGAGGCCGCUGUGCCCCAAGAAAAUAGCGCAAAGCGAGAUCGCGAGCCCUACGUGGAGACAGUCUGGAAGGCAGACGUGUCCACCUUGACCACAAAGCAGGCCACUAACAUCUUCGAGUCGGCCAGCACAGAAGGAGACAUGGCCACAAAGUUCUUGGAGCUGGCGGAGCACAAGAAGCAUGUGUCGACCGUUCUCAUCAUCUCGAAUGACGAUUCUUCAAUGGUUGAGGCGGUUUCGGCCAUGGCCUCUCCUCUCACAUCAGUCAUUGCGACCAUGUCGUUCGACGUAAAGAACAAGUUCGUGUCUGAACAACUUCCUCCCAAUGUUAACGUAAUCCCCAAGGAAAGCAAUGAAGACUACGACUGGAACGGGGCGCUGGCUGGACCCCAUGAUGUGGUCAUCGUCGGGAAGCAAAGGAAUGGGUGGAAUGGGCCCGAUCUGAACACGCUGCAGCAGAUCGCGUCUCACAUGGACCGAAAGGCACGGGCUGUCUUCUGCAUUCCGAAAACGUCAGUCGACUCUUUCGGGGCUUUGCUGCAGAACGCCGGCUUCUCAGGCAUCGACUUCCUCUGCCAGUGUCCAGAGACAUCCUUGAUCGCCUCGACCUUGCUAGAGGACACGCCGAACGAGCACGUCUUUGACGCGUCCCGCGUCACUGUCCUUCGAAGCGAUGAUGAGCCUUUGACAUGGUCACCCUCGGGACUUGGUGGCGACGAUAUCGUGGAGACUUACAACAUCUCCCAGGUUGGCGAAGCCGACCUAGCCCGCGCUGGAAAGAUUAUUGUCGACGACACUGCCGGUACCCUCUGGUCGAAUCUGAAUGACAACACAUUCGGCGUGCUCAAGACCGCCCUCACCGGCGAAAAACCUGUCGUCUGGCUCACCUCCGGCGUCAAUCAAGGUGUGUCCUUGGAUGCAGCAAUGUGUAUGGGCUUACUGCGCGUGGUGCGAUCCGAAUUUGCCUCUGCGAAGGUUUUGUGGCUAGACGUCGAUCGCGACCAGGAUUUGGCGACUAUGACCGAAGCACUCAAUGCCAAGUUGGGUCAUGUCAUGACCAAGAACUCUGUUUCUGACACUGAAUUCUGGCUCCGUGAUGGAGUCUUCCAUGUCCCGCGCGUGGUGCCUCACAAGCAGCUUAACCAACAAUUUUCCGCCAACUCCGGCCAGGCACAGGAGAGUAUCCUUCCUCAAGACAAGACGCUCAAAGGCAAAGUGCUCAACGGCCAAAUCAUCUUCCGCGAGGAGAAGGACGCUCCUCUAGAGCAAGGCGAAGUGCGGCUUCGUGUCGAAUACGCCAACACGACUAACCCCACGCUCGUGUCCGGGACCAUCACCAACGCCCACGCCGGACUGGAUCAAUCUGUGGUAGGACGCAAUGCCGUUGUAUUCACCACUAAUUUGUUCCAAACAGCGAUCACCACUCGACUGGGUCUUUGCGUAUUCCUUGGAGAUGGUCAGGUCCAGUCCGCCAUGGUGGCCUCAUUGCCCAGUCUUGUGAGCGGUCUCAACGCUGUCAAGGGGCUGGCGAAUGCGCGAAAGGGCGAGCACAUCCUCGCACUCCCCUCGGCAUCUGCUUCAUCCCUGGCUGCCCUUUCCGUUCUCGCCGCCUCGUCGCAGUUGCAUUUGACCGUCGUCGCCGCGACAUUGGCGCAAAAAGAGAAUUUGGUCCUGCAUCACAACAUCGCAUCCGACAGCAUUGAAGUCGCCGAGAGUGCAGCAUCUGUCUACGGAAACCUCAAGCAAAAGGUGCAAGAGGCCGAUGUGAUUAUUUCAAACGAUUUCACGCCUCUUGCCCAGGAGGUCUGGCGUUCAAUCCCAGCCGGUGCCAGGUUCGUGCUUGACGGCGGAGUGCUCGACAACGCCCCCGACGCUAUUCCAUUCUGUAGGGGCGCGUCGUUCUUCUCCACUGGGCUCUCCAGAUUGCAGAAGCGGGAGCCGCAAACUGUUGCGAAGCUCCUUGGAGACGCGACCGCGUUUCUGGAAGAGAACGGACGCUUCCAGAGCAAGCCAGCACUGGUGGACAUUUCGGACGCUGCCCAUGUGAAGACUUCGGGUCUCAGAGCCUCUGUCAUCAAGUACGCUUAUGGCUUCAGCAGAGUCAAGAUUCAACCAAUGGAGAAGACCAUCGCGUUCUCUCCCGACGCCGCUUACAUUCUCGUGGGCUGCCUCGGUGGCCUCGGUCGCAGCCUCACAGCGUUCAUGAUGGAGCGUGGCGCAAGGGACUUUGUAUUCCUCUCUCGCUCUGGAGCAGAUAAGGCUGAUGCGGCGGUGCUGGUGAAAUCACUUCGUGAAGCUGGCGCUACCGCCGAUGUCCAUCGGGGCGACGCAGCCAAUCAGGCUGAUGUGAACAGAGUUGUCUCCGAGGUCACCAAGACGCGUCCGAUCCGCGGCGUUGUGCAUGCUGCCAUGGUGCUGCAAGACGGCAUGUUUGACAGCAUGAGUCUGUCCCAGUUCCAAACAGUCGUCGAGCCAAAGGCCAAGGGCGCUCAGACUCUGCACACGGCGCUACAAGACCACGAACUGGACUUCUUCGUCAUGACCAGCUCCAUCUCAGCGACUUUGGGCAACCCAGGCCAGGCCAACUACUGCGCCGCCAACAGUUACCUCGAUGCUCUAGCGUGGCAUCGCACUCUGCGCGGCCUGCCUGCCGUCUCACUCAUCCUUCCCAUGGUCCUCGGUGUGGGAGUGGUCGCGGAGAACAGCAGUAUUGAAGCGGCGCUCGCCAAAAAAGCCAUGUACGGAGUAGAUGAGCGUGAAAUGCUGCGCGGCUUCGAGACGGCAAUGCUGCAGCCCGUUCCUGCCAUUGGAAAGACCCCAUCUCUCGGUAACAGUCAGAUCAUUCUCGGCCUGGAACCAACAUUCCUGGCUGCUGCCAUUCGCGAAUCAGGUUCCACGGACGCGGCCUAUUGGUAUCCAGACGCACGGUUCGGGUCUCUGCGGACCACCGUCGAUGACAUGAGCAAGCAAGGUUCCAGCGGAGACAACAACAUGGCGGCAGCGAUGCUGGCGGCUGACGCUGCAGCAGUCCUGCUGGGCUGCGACUUCAUCAUCAAGAAACUGUCCGCCAUGCUUUUGAUCCCGAUCGAAGAGUUUGAGCUGGAGGGCCGAUCUGUGGGAUCAUAUGGUCUGGACAGUAUGGUCGGUACUGACUUGCGCAACUGGUUGUUCAAUCAGUUUGGAUUGCAGAUGUCGUUCCAGACGUUGCUGGGAGCAAAGAUGUCAGUCACGGCCUUGGCUACCGCCAUCCUCCAGCAGUUGAUGCUGGAGGAUACUACACGCCCCGUCUCUGAAGUCCCGACCGGGUCAAAUCAGGAGACGGCGAGCUAG